AUGAUCAGCUGCAGAUGGGCGUCCAACGAUCUGAACGCUCUUCGCCUGGGUGCUGUAGCAAGCAAAGCAGAGUGGAACUGCGAAAGCGGUCAGACCAGAGGAAGCGGUGGCAGGUACAUAAGUGAGCUGGAGACGGGACAACGUUUCUCACUCCCGCCCGAGAAACCGGAGGAGUUCACCUACCCCUAUGCCUCACCCUUGGAUGAGCUGCGUGCAGCGGACAAGGUGGAAGAGGUUGAGGAUCCGCCAAAGGCCGUCAUUGAGGAAGAGAAGCCCCGCCAGAGAAGGCAGAAGAAGGUGAAUUGGCCACCUCUGACGUCAGCCAUGGAGGGUGUGGAAAUCGUGCUGCUAGCCGGAGAUCCUUUGGAGGUCUUGAAGAAGCCCAAAUAUCGUGGUCUUUUUCAUCGAGCCUUCAUAGGUGCUAUGGGCUGCAUGCCCGUCUUUCAGGAGUUUGAUCUGAAGGGCGGUGCCGAGCAAAAGGGAGACUUCGGAGCUAAGAGAGAGGAGUCCGUCUUUGCCAGCAUCAUGGCAGAGGGUGGCGAAGUCAUCUUUGAAACUCUGAAGUACCAGGCUUUGUUUCUGGGGCGGUUGGGGGAUGGGCUCAACCUCCAGGCACACUUCGAAGGGAUGACGCGCUUGGGCUUUCGACAUCGCGUUGGAGACUCCAAGAUGAACGAAGGUGCGCCAAGUGGCAGGAUGUGGCAGGAGUAG